AUGUGGGUCGAUUUCGCAGCAAGAUCGAUGUCCAUCCUCGCUGCCGCAACAACGCCUAUGUCAUCAGUGUCUCUCGCCGCCAGCGUAAACGAAGACGAACACGACACGCUGGAGAUGUGGGUCGAUUCCGCAGAGAUACCGAGAUCCACCCUCUCGCCGCCGCAGCGACGGCGAUUCUGCCACAACGGCUGGCGACUCUUACAGCAUGCGGAAACGAAGAAGAAGAAGAGGACGCCCGAGCUACGUCUCGACGCCUAUGUCGAUAGCGUCUCUCAUAGCGAGGCCCAUAUCUUGAUUCUCGUCGUUGGUGUGUGCUUCUUGGCGCAGCGAAGUUAG